AUGGCCGCUGGGGAGUCGCUGGUGUUAUUCGUGCUGAACAGCGGCGGGGAUGCGGCGCGGCUCUUCGGCGCCCACAACACCAGCGAAGAGGCGGCACUCAAGCGGGCGUACAAAUCCCUCGCCGUGCGGAUUCACCCCGACAAGAACUCACACACACGCGCAGCCGAGGCCUUUCAAGUGAUGCAGCAGACAUUCGAGUCCACUCUCGCCGCCCUGCGCACACAAUCACAAUCACAAUCACUAGUAAGAAGAACAAGAACAGAAACAACACAGCCUUUUUCACAUCCUCCUCCUCCUCCUCCUCCACCACCACCACCACCUCCUCCUACACACCAUCAUUAUUACCAUUAUUAUCAAGAAGAAGAACAAAGGCGACAGAAAGAGAAACAAUACUCUAAUCCAUCGCAAGAUAUCGGUCUCUUUGAUAUACCACUGCCUCCAGAUGUGUUUGGUGAUUUCACGAUGCCGGAUGAGCCGGUGUCAUCAAGUGAGAAGAAAGUACCAACAGCAAAUGAUAAUUAUAGGGUACCGAAGCCCUCACAAAAAGGAACGAAACCACUUCCUACACUAAACCUCUCUAGCAGUGAUGAUGAUAGUGAUAAUAAUAAAGAUAGUAAUAAUAAUGACGAUAAGAAUGGUGAGGGUCAUCGUAAGAAUUUUAAUCGCAGUACAAAAACGGAAUAUGGGAAGACUGUGAAAUUAGAUGUGGAACGAAGAACAGAAGAAAUACAACAGGAUGAAAAAAAACAGGAUGCGAGUCGGCAAACUUUGAUGCAACUCUUCGCAAAAUUUGAUAUUUCAGAUGAUGAAGGAGAUUUGAAACCGAUACACCGUUCAACAAACAUCUUGAAAGGGAAACGUCGAGAUCCCUCUCCCAAUCAGCAAAAACAGCAAGAACAAUCAAAGAAGAAAAAACCCUCAACUACUACUACUACUACUACUACUACUACUACUACUACUACUACUACUACUACUACUGGAUCAUCCAAAACGGUGGCAUGUCCAUUCUGUGGUACAAGUGGAUUUUCUGUUCAUACUACAUUAGUUGUGGUUUGCCCUGUUUGUCAUUCUCAGAUUGUACCAACGGCUUUAGGCAUGAUGGCUGCUGAGCGUCAUGCUGGAAAUGGGCGAAAUAAAGGUGGAACUUUGCAAAGUGAACAAUGUGCAUGUGGAAAGGCAAAAAAAGGAAUGUGUUUUAUAUGUGACUGA